AUGAUCAUCGACAAAACCCUCUCAUUGAUCUUGGCUAAAGCCCAGGACACGCCUGUAACAUUCGUCGCAUACUUCACGGCUGCUUCCGCACUGUUAUAUCUCCUCCUUACCGAGAUCCAGAGAGCUUCGGUGCGAAUUUCUGGUUUUAACGGGCCCUCGGGGCUUCCGAUGAUAGGCAACAUCCACCAAAUCCGUGUGAACGCAGCAGAACAGUACCGACAAUGGGCCAAAAAGUACGGCCCCGUCUACCAAAUCAUGCUCGGCAACGUACCUGUCAUUGUGGUCAACUCGGCAAAGUCAGCACGAGAGAUCUUUGGCGCAAACUCGCAGGCCCUGGCUUCGAGACCCGAGUUCUACACAUUCCACAAGGUCGUCAGCUCCACGUCCGGCACGACCAUUGGCACAAGCCCAUUCACUGAGAGUUUGAAACGUCGCAGAAAGGGCGCUGCCAGUGCUCUCAACAAACCCAGCGUGGCCACAUACAUUCCACACAUCGAUGUCGAGACACGAGACUUCCUCAACGAGUUCUUGACCUAUGGCGACGGAGGCCGCAAGCCCGUGGACCCGAUGCCCAUGAUCCAGCGCUUGUCUCUGUCCCUCGCACUGACUCUGAACUGGGGCACGCGCAUGGCGAGCCAGAACGACGAGCUAUUCGGGGAGAUCACGCACGUCGAGGAGGAAGUGUCCAAGUUCCGCUCGACGACGGGCAAUCUGCAAGACUACAUUCCCCUCCUGCGUCUGAAUCCGUUCAACUUUGGCAGCGCCAAGGCACGCGAGAUGCGCCGCCGGCGCGACGUCUACCUCAAGAAACUCAACGACGACCUCGACGACCGCAUGGCCAAGGGCACGCACCAGCCGUGCAUCCAAGCGAACGUGAUCCAGGACAAAGAAACGAAACUCAGCCACGAGGAGCUCGUGUCAAUCAGUCUCACCAUGCUCUCUGGUGGCCUGGACACUCUCACGACGCUGGUGGCAUGGAGCAUGGCGUUGUUGGCGCAGCGGCCCGAGAUCCAAGACAAGGCGCUCAAGGAGAUCCGUGCCGUCUACAACGAAGAGCAGAUCCUGUGCGACGCCAACGACGACCAGAGCAUCCCAUACAUCGUAGCGCUCGUGCGCGAGCUGCUGCGCUACUACACCGUCCUACGACUUGCGCUCCCCCGCGCCACGGUCAAGGACGUCGUGUACAACGGCCACACCAUCCCGAGCGGCAGCGUGGUGUUUUUGAACGCGUGGGCCUGCAACAUGGACAGCGAGGUAUGGGAGGAUCCCGAAGUGUUCAGGCCCGAACGAUGGCUCGAACAGCCCGACGCCCCCAUGUUCACCUAUGGCCUGGGCUACCGCAUGUGCGCGGGCAGUUUGCUGGCCAACCGCGAAAUGUACACCAUCUACCUGCGCCUGUUGAGCGCGUUUGAAAUCAGGGACCUCAAGGCCGUGGAUGGCGGAGAGAUAAACACGCAUCCCGUCGACGGCGUCAUUGAUCCCACGCAGCUCGUCAGCGUGCCGAAGCGGUACACGGUGAGGGUGGUACCGAGGGACGAAGCUGGGUUGAGAAAGGCCCUGGAUGAGUACGAGGACUAG